AUGGGUCGUAUGUCUGAUCGGCAGCCCUCUGUGAUACCCUUUCAGCUCGUCCCUGGUGACCGCCUUAACAUUGCCCUUGGAUGUGCCAUCUACCUCGCUUUAACUGGCAGUAGUGAGGUUAUCAACAACAAGUUCCUUCGAAAGAACCUCCAAGCUUAUACAUCUUGGAAUUGGGUUCUGAUAGUAUCGAGAAUACUACUAAGGCAAGAGCAAUGGGAUCCUUUUCUGCUAUCGAAUAGCUUCGGUGUGUGUAUGGCCUUCCGCACUGCUGGAGCUAGAGGCUUGACGGAAAUGAUGAGGCAAAAGAUGGCCCUUAGGGGCGUUAAGUUGACCAAACUCCAAUUCGCGGCUAUGGACCACUGGGUCCAUACAGUGCCCGUAGUAUUGAUGAUGUUCCUAGUCGUUAGGUCGGGUCGUAGACCUCUUAUGACCAAUGGUAUAGUAGGCAUCAUGGCACAGAUGUUUUUCGCCUACUCCCAAGCUGAUAGGUAUAUUGGGACUAAGGGAUGCAGAGCCCUCUGUGAGGCACUCAGGCAUAUAGGGAAUGAUAAGAUGCUGAUACACUCAUUGAACCUAGCUGGUAAUAACAUACACUCUGAGGGUCUUGUAUACCUUGGCAAUGCCAUACGCAGUAGCCAGGCUUUACGGCAUGUGAAGGAGAUAGUAUUGGAUUGGAACCCUCUAGGAGAGGCUUCACCUCAAUGCUUUGAGUCCCUGCUCUCAUCGCUCAGUGUGGCUCCUGAUUUGAGUAUACUAUCUAUGCAAGAAUGCCAGAUCAGCCCUGCUGGAGCUGAAGCUAUUGCUUCUACACUGCUUACGCACUCCCGGAGUUUGCGUCACUUGAACCUAUCUCAUAACGCCCUAGGCCCGACUGGUGGGGAGGUCCUAGCCUCAGCCCUUAAUAACUCUGGUUGUCACACUCUCACUACCGUGAAGCUCACGGGCAACUCGAUUCCCUUCGCGAUCCAGCAGGGCAUCACUCAAGUGACUGAUAGGAAUGAGAGAAUGACUAGUAGGGGCCACACAUGUCAACGACUUGUCUCGAGAGGAACACUCGUCCAUUCUGGGAUGCUUCCUCUCCCCAAGGUGGCUCGACUGCAGCAGGAGUUGGAGGCUUUAGAGAGAGGCGUGGCAGACAAAGAGAAACGAAUACAUGCAAUGAACGAGCAGCAUGCAGAGCAGUUGAAUCGGCAAAUGACUACUACUGACAAACGACUCUCGGAAGCCUCGAUACGAUAUGAAAAGGAGCUUGGCGACAUGAAGGAUAACAUGGCAGGUCUACAGAAGGAGCUUGCAGCCUCUAACGAACGGUGUGCCGAGUUGAUGAUGGAGACGGAGCAAGUUCGGAAAGAAAUGAGGAAGGCGGAGACAGAUAUGCAGGAUCAUAAGCAUGCGAGGGAACAGUUGGAGAGGGAAGUAGCGGAUAAGCAUCGAGAGUUGAUGGAAAGGUCAGCUGAGUUGGCGGCCACUAGACGGCGAGCGGGUGAGGAGAUGUCUCAGCUGAGGACAGAGCUUGGUCGAGAGAGGCAGGCACUACAUGAUAAGGAAGCUGCAGUGGAGAAUUACCAACGGGAAAUGAAUGCUCUAGUAUAG